AUGUUAAGGCGUACAAUUUUCCUGGGAAGGGUAACCCGCUCUUGGACCAAAGGAUCUAUAGUUAAGGCAUCGGCCCAUUUCCCAGAUUCUGUGAGGGCUGAUCCCGCAGAAAGACGUAAUGAAGACUCGUCUCCGAAGGAAAGCCGCACAUGGUCUCUUCAUGACGGCCCGUGCAGCGAACCUCUUCACGUUCCCAAACAUAUUCAAUGGGCAACACAGAAGGUGAGAGUUUGGGGGCAACUAAUGCGAGUGGAUAAGGCUGCUGCAAUAAACCUCCUGCUUCAACCUUGUUACUGGGGAGCCAGUCUAGCAGUAACUCGGGCCAUCGUCUGGGAGGGGGCGGAUCCUGUCGUUUUGUUCGCUCCUUUCAUUCCCGUACAUUUGAUCGUCCUGUUCGGCGCUGGUGCCUUUUUGGCUCGGGGUGCGGGUUGUAUUAUUAACGACAUGUGUGACAGAAAGUUCGACCGAAUGGUAGAACGCACCAAAACACGGCCGCUUGCUAGCGGUGUUGUCAGCAUGAAGGAGGCAUCAGGCCUUCUCAUAACAGUAGCUGGUUUUGCGCUUGUUAUUGCACUAAACCUGUCGCCCAUGGCACUUGCUUCGGCGGUAGCGUUAGCUCCCAUCGCGGCAGUUUAUCCGCUCAUGAAGCGUAUAACCUACAUGCCUCAGCUCGUUCUGGGACUUUGCUUCAACGGCGGCAUUUUUGUUGGGUAUGCUGCCGUGCUAAACCGCAUUGAUUUGGCCGUUACGCUUCCUAUCUACUGCUCAGCCGUCGUGUGGACAGUUUUGUAUGAUACCAUCUAUGCGUACCAAGACAGGGCGGACGACCUGAAAUGCGGUGUGAAGAGCUCGGCUAUUCUUAUUGGUGACAGGAAGCAUAUUCUCACUUUCAUGAUACUCCCCAUCGGCAUGGGUAUUCUUAUUUCGGGAUUGAUGGUCUCACAGUCGCUUCCGUUUUACAUCGGUGUCCUCUGUUGCGUUUGGUACCUUCAGGGUGUCGUUGAUAACGUCAACAUAUACGAUGCGUGGUCAUGUGGUAUGGGAUUCCGCAGGAACGUACGAUUUGCCAUCCUGGUUACUUUUUCUCUCUGCCUUGGAAACGUGUUGUGGGCACUCGCAUCUGAGCACCAACCGGAAAAGGACGCCGCGAGCAACGCCAUAUCGGAAAAGUCGGCCUUGAUGAAAUUCCUUCUUUUGAAUAAGGAAGCGGAACCCAUGUCGUACAGCGUGCAAGAUAUUCGUUGGGUAGACCGUUUUGCGCAUCCGGCAUUCGUGGCAGCGCAGAAGGCUCAACACGAGGGAGAGGAAAAAACGGUGGUGGUGCCGGCGUGGAUGCGGCGUGAGUACCUGGGUGAGAAUGUAGGGACUAUCAUGCGCUUUUUUGGCGUUGACGAGGAAGCAAUCCAAACUUGGCAAAAGUGGUGGUACGCGCAACUUGACCACUACAACAUGUUCUCCAGCAUCGCCGUUUAG